AUGCUCGCCAGAGACGAAUCGACUGGCGUGCGUCACAAAGUUCGGAGGAAUUCUAUCGGGUGUCGCGAAUUUGUGAAUCGUCUACUCAAGGAGUCGUUCGCACAGUUACACACAAUUGAACAGAGCUUGCGAAUCGUCCGAUCCCCGGUCCUGACCAAUUUGCAGAUGUUACGCGGACUGGAAUCUUUGGGCACCGUAUCCGACAAUGCUAGUCACUCAAUUGUCCUAGAGAUAUCGGGAAAUGACAAUCUACACGAACUCUGGGUACCGAAUCGCCCUCGGUCGACGAAUAUCUCCACCGGUAUGAUUGUUCGCGGUCCCGGUUCGGUGCGAAUCACCCAGAAUCGACGAUUGUGCCCGGAUCGGAUUCGGCACCUGUUCCGACCAGAUACAGUCCAGCUACGACGCAUGGGAGCAAGUUUGUCCGAAACGGAACUAGAUUUGAUCGAGUUAACCAAUGGUGAUUUAGCUUACUGCAACUGGUCUACUAUCCCGGUGAAUGUUUCUGAGAUNGGUGCAACUUCUGUGCGGGUGUCGUGGGUCCAACGAGAUUUGUCAGGUAUAACUUACGAAGAGGCAGAACCGGUGCUAAUUUUUCUUCUCUAUCGUCAAAUACCGUCUGGGAUAACAGUGACACCGGAGCCUGGGCGUUCUGCUCUGACUGAAUGGACCACGCUACCAGUCACAUGUGCUGCUUCAGAUUCAACGUUCUCCAAUACGUGUCAAAUUCGAUUGGGCAACCUGCUUCCAGCAGUGCGCUAUGCUCUAUACAUAGAAGUACGAUAUCCACUGCGUCGGACUACGGGUGCUUUGAGCGAGAUGCUCUACUUCACUACACGAUCUAUCAAUCCCACUGCUCCGCGGUAUGCCUGGUUAGAGGCGAUGAGUGACAGUACAAUGAAACUAACUUGGUUCACGCCUGAAAACCCUGGCGGCUCGAUCGAUACUUAUCUGAUCUGGUACCGACCAAUUCAGUGGGAUCCGAACGAGUAUAUUCACAAAGAUCAAUGUCUGCUUUCCAUGCGUCGAAACGCGUGA